AUGGGACAAGAGGAAACUGGACAAAUGACUAAAUGUCAGAUUGCCAUUGAACGGAUUCACAAGGGCCUGCAGUCUGCAAAAGACAGAAUUUGGGAUCAUUGGGGCAAAAGAAUGACACGAAGCAUCAAAACAACAGCCAAAAAGAUGACUUCGGUGAAAAUUUCUACUGAAGACCUGGAGGAAAAUAAUUAUACCAUGACAGAUGUCAGACAUAGUAUAGACAACAACUGCUUUGACAUUGGGUAUUACGAUAUUGAAGAGAGUUCCUCAAUAUCAAGGAAAUAUGAAGAAUUUUCAGCCAGUCAUAGUACCUGUGUUCCAAUUGCAGUAGCAGAGACUUACACCGACGAAGGUGAUGAGGAGCACAGUGGAUGCACAGAAACGGAAUACAGAAAACAGGGAGACAGAUUAAGACGUAGAGAGCAGUGCCAGAGUUCAAGUGGCUUCAGUCAGAUUUCUGGGACUUCUGAAACUAUAAGUGGUUUUUCAGAAACACAUGAAAAGAAAGAGCAAAAAGAGAAAUGUGAUGUUGGUAGUUAUUCUGAUGCCAGCACUGUGGAUCCAGUUAUUCUUCUGUUUUCUCAGCCUAAAAAGUCACACCUACCUAAGGACUGUUUUGCAGAAAGUUGUGUUGAAUGUUUCCCGUGUUGUGUAGUGGAUAUCACUAAGUUUCCAGGCAGAACUUGGUGGAAAUUUAGAAAAACCUGCUACAGAAUUGUUAAACAUAGCUGGUUUGAAAGUUUUAUAAUUUUUAUUAUAAUAUUGAGCAGCGCAGCACUGGCAUUUGAAGAUAUUCACCUUCAGGAGAGAAAAAUAGUGAAAAUGAUCCUAGAGUAUGCUGAUAAAAUAUUUACCUACAUCUUUUUUAUGGAGAUGCUUCUGAAAUGGGUAGCUUAUGGUUUGCACAGUUAUUUCACAAAUGCCUGGUGUUGGCUUGACUUCAUCAUUGUGUGUCUGUCAUUUGUUUCCUGGGGACUAAACAAUGUUUCCGAAGCCACAUCGCUUUGUUCCUCUGGGAGUGCCCUGAAAUCUCUUAGGACUCUUAGAGCAUUGAGGCCUCUACGAGCUUUGUCAAGAUUUGAAGGAAUAAAGGUUGUCGUGAAUGCACUCUUGGGAGCUAUCCCCUCAAUCUUGAAUGUUUUGCUCGUCUGUGUUGUCUUCUGGCUCCUAUUUAACAUUGUAGGAGUAAAAUUACUUGGACAAAAAUUUUGGAAAUGCACACUCGAGAAAAUAAAUGACAGUGAAAUUAAUAAUAGAAAAGAUUGUGCUUACUAUAAUGGAACAUGGACAAAUAGUCUUGUAAACUUUGAUAAUGUUGGGAUCGGAUACCUGGCUCUUCUCCAAGUGGCAACUUUUAAGGGUUGGAUGGAUAUUAUGUAUGCAGCAGUGGAUUCACGUGAGAUAGAUGAACAGCCGAAAUUUGAAGCAUUCUUAGCCAUGUAUAUGUAUUUUGUGAUUUUCAUUAUUUUUGGAUCUUUCUUCAUGCUGAACCUUUUCAUUGGAGUGGUUAUCAGCAAUUUUAACCAACAAAGGAAAAAGAUAAGUGGAAAAGAUCUAUUUUUAACUGAGGAACAGAAAAAGUACUAUAAUGCUCUGAAAAAACUUGGAUCCAAGAAACCUCAAAAACCCAUCCCAAGACCAUUGAAUGUGUUCCAAGGAUUUCUGUUUGAUAUAGUAUCGCACAAAGCAUUUGACAUCACUGUUGUGACUUUCAUCUGUCUGAAUAUGGUCAUUAUGAUGGCAGAAAAUAACCAGAAUGGCAAGGAUGUUCUUAACAAAAUCAACUUUUUUUUUGUGGCGGUAUUUACUCUGGAAUGUGUGAUAAAAAUAAUAGCCCUAAGACAGUACUUCUUCACCAGUGGCUGGAACAUAUUUGAUUUAGCUGUUGUGAUCCUUUCACUCAUUAGUAAUGGACUUGCUGAAGGCUUUCGAACUUUGUUCUCUCCUACACUUUUGAGAAUUUUUCGUUUGGCACGAAUUGGCCGAAUCCUGAGAUUAAUUCGGAGAGCUAGAGGAAUUCGAACUCUUCUUUUUGCUUUACUGAUGUCUCUUCCUGCACUGUUUAACAUUGGUCUUUUGCUUUUUCUGGUUAUGUUCAUUUAUGCCAUUGUGGGCAUGACAAACUUUGCCUGUGUUGGCUGGGAAGGCGGGAUUGAUAACCUUUUCAACUUUCAAACAUUUGAUAGUAGCAUGCUCUGUCUCUUCCAAAUCACAACAUCAGCUGGGUGGGAUGGGCUUUUGGUCCCUCUGUUAAAAGGAGCUGAUUCAUGUGCUCCCAACUUAAAUUUAACAGAUGAACAGAAAAAAAAUUGCACAAAUAAGGAGGUUGGUAUUUUAUUUUUUGUAAGCUAUGUCAUUAUAUCAUUUCUCAUUGUUGUAAAUAUGUACAUAGCUGUCAUUUUAGAGAACUUCAGUGUUGCCACUGAAGAAAGCACAGAUCCUCUUUCUGAGGAUGACUUUGAUAUGUUUUAUGAGACCUGGUCAAUUUUUGAUCCUCAGGCAACACAGUUUAUUGAAUAUUCUGCACUUUCAGACUUUGCAGAUGCUCUGGCAGAACCUUUACGUAUUCCAAAGCCUAAUAAAAUUCAGCUCAUAUCGAUGGACCUCCCUAUAGUUACUGGAGAUAAGAUCCACUGCUUGGAUAUCUUGCUUGCUUUCACUAAAAGGGUUUUAGGAGAAUCUGGGGAUAUGGGUGGUCUUGAAUUACACAUGGAAGAAAAAUUUGUAGCUGCCAAUCCAUCUAAAGUUUCUUACAGGCCAAUUACUACUACCCUUAAAAGAAAACAAGAGGAGGUAUCAGCUCUUAUUAUUCAAAGGGCCUUCAGGAGGUAUUUGAUGCAGCGUUCUUUUAAAAAUAAAUCUUUCUUACACCAUCAUAAACAUUAUAGCAGCGCUGUCUUACAAGAAGAAACACAUGAGAAGGAAAGUCUUAUUGCAUCAGUGCUUAAUGAAAAUGAUGGUAGGAAGCUAGAUAAAUCACGGACUAUAUCUUCCAUAUCUCUCCCUUUAUUUUAUGAUGGUAUUACUGAAGCAGAGAGCGAUAACGUGGACACAUAA